AUGGCAAGCACAAUAGCCGGCGUCGUCCUCCCUGACAGACCUCUUACCGAAUUUGAAGAGCACGUAUACAGCCUCGCCCAGCAGUUCGCAACGAAAACAGAUGGAGAAGAGCGCUGGGGCAUCGACACCUCCGCCCUAAACCUAACAUUCCACUCCGCUUCCCCAGAACCAAACGCCGAAAUCACCUUCCUGCUGACCAUCGCUCCCAAGCACUGCAACUACCUCGGCAACCUGCACGGCGGGUGCGCAGCGACGCUCUUCGACACGCUCUCGUCGAUGAUCCUGCUGGGGGUGUCGAAGCCAGGCUUUUUCCAGCUGGGAGGGGUCAGUCGGCAUUUGGAUGUGACAUACCUGCGGCCUGUGCCGGCGGGGACGCAGGUGAAGCUGGUCUCGAGGGUGGUGAAUAUUGGGAAGAGGUUAGCGCUUAUGAGGUCGGAGAUUGUGAGGAUUGAUACCGGGGCUGUUUGUAUGGUUUCGGAUCAUGAGAAGGCGAAUACGGAUCCGGAUGUUAAGUUAUAG